AGGUUAAGCCAGGUUGAACCAGGGGCUCCCGGGCCAGCCUUUUCUGUCUGUCCAGCCUGUCUAGCGCAGGCGACAGCUCGUCUAAUCCCACUGCCUUACAAGCGCACCCACGCUACGAUUUUUCAAGUGGUUUUGGAGCUGAUUCCCUCCCGAUUAUCUGUAAAAUGGGGAUGAUGCUAAUUCCUGUUUGAUGCGGUCCCCGUGAAAUUGUAGAAAUCCAGCCCGGCGGGUAAAUGUUUGCCGUCAUUCUCUGACCUUCCGUGGCUUUGGAGUUGAUUCAGCCCCCCGCCGCCACGCAUACUAGGCCACUGAGGAGGAAACUGCAUUACACACGCUAGUUUGAACUGAAGCUUACAAGAUGGCUGAUCAGGACCCUAGGGGCAUUAGUCCCCUCCAACAGAUGGUGGCCUCGGGUGCCGGGGCUGUGGUCACCUCUCUCUUCAUGACCCCACUGGACGUGGUGAAGGUUCGUCUGCAGUCCCAGCGCCCCUCAGCGGCUGGCGAGCUGACGCCUCCCACCAGACUCUGGAGUUUCUCUUACACCAAAUUUCCCCCCUCUCUCCGACCCGCAGGGAAGUGCCUCCUGUACUGCAAUGGUGUCCUGGAGCCCCUGUAUCUGUGCCCAAAUAGCGCCCGCUGUGCCACCUGGUUUCAGGACCCCGCCCGCUUCACUGGCACCAUGGACGCCUUUGUGAAGAUUGUGAGACACGAGGGCACCAGGACCCUGUGGAGCGGCCUCCCGGCCACCCUGGUGAUGACCGUGCCAGCCACCGCCAUCUACUUCACUGCCUACGACCAGCUCAAGGCCUUCCUGUGUAGUCGAGCCCUGAUCUCUGACAUCUGUGCACCCAUGGUGGCUGGCGCACUGGCCCGCUUGGGCACUGUGACUGUGAUCAGCCCCCUAGAGCUGGUACGGACAAAGCUGCAGGCUCAGCAUGUGUCAUACCGGGAGCUGGGUGCCUGCGUCCGAGCUGCCAUGGCUCAGGGCGGCUGGCGCUCACUGUGGCUGGGCUGGGGCCCCACCGCUCUUCGGGAUGUACCCUUCUCAGCCCUGUAUUGGUUCAACUAUGAGCUGAUGAAGAGUUGGCUGAGUGGGCUCAGGCCAACGGACCAGACGUCAGUGGGCAUCAGCUUUGUGGCUGGCGGCGUCUCAGGGACGGUGGCAGCCAUCCUGACUCUGCCCUUCGAUGUGGUGAAGACUCAACGCCAGGUUGCGUUGGGGGCGGUGGAGGCAGUGAGAGUGUCGCCCCCGCACGCUGACUCCACCUGGCUGCUGCUGCGGAGGAUCCGGGCUGAGUCUGGCACCAGAGGACUCUUCGCCGGCUUUCUCCCAAGGAUCAUCAAGGCCGCCCCGUCCUGCGCCAUCAUGAUCAGCACAUACGAGCUGGGCAAAAGCUUCUUUCAGAGGCUCAACCUGGAACAACCUCUGGGCCCGUGAGAGGAGCAAGGGAGCGGGACACUCUCUCUUCCACGGACGGGGUGGGGCAGGAGGAGCCUGAGCCAAGUGCCUUGUCCUCAGGAGAGGGGCCUCAUUUUUCUUCCCCCUCAACUCUGAGCCCUGGGGAAGCACCUCGCCCCUUUGGGCGCCCCAUGCCCCCUCAGACAGCUUUCUUCCUGCUGCUUCUCAUUCCAGGCCCUAAGGAUCAUUACUUUCCCACUCUCCCCUUUCAAGUUCAAGACCAAAUCUGUUAACAGGUCCCCAACCCCCACCCCCUUGCCCAUUUCCCCGUGUGUGUGUUGUAGCCGGGCCUGCACCUGUUAAUUCCUUGAGUGUAAAGAUGACAAACUUCUCUCCAGUGCCU